CCAAAGUCAAUUAACUAAAUAUAUCACAAUGCUUCAAGCGCAAGCACCUAGUACUCCAAAGACAGCAAACACACGAGGCCGGCCCUGCCAGUCCUCAGCAAGCACUUCCGAGCAACAAACACAACAACGGCGUAAGCAAAUUCGAGAGGCACAGAGGGCAUAUCGAUCCCGCCAACAAUCGCAACUUGAGUCGCUGAAAGCACGCGUCGCUCAUUUAGAAGAUGUAGUUGAUCAAGUUGGCCAAGUCAUGGGCAUCUUUCAUGAUGCUGUUGUUAAGGAAAAUGUGUUUCUUUCGCAGUCUAAAUUGAUGCAGACUGUUGUAUUGCUUCAGGAUGAGGUUGGGGAGCAUUUGAAGAGAGCUGAAAUAGCUACUUCUCCUGCUGUUCGUUGGUGUGAGUUCCAGGGGAAGAUUAACAGAGUCCUUUCGGAGCCAUGUCAAUCAACUCAUGGCCCUACUAACGAAAACCCUCCUGAAUUACCAUUAAUAUCAAACUUCUGGCACCUAUUUUUUAACUCGACCAACUCCAUCCUCCCAUCAAUUCAGAACACAGCCCCAAAUCAUGAUGACAACGCAAUAUACCCACCCCUCACUACAACCAGCCAGACAAUCCCAUACACAACAACACCUUUCACCCAGAGACUCUUCCAUGCCUGUGCAAAAAGCGGCCAUCGAUACCUUACCGGUCCCACAGUAACAGACGCGCAGACAUGGCCCGAAUUCGGGCUCGUGUUGGAAUACCUUCCAUGGCAGGACAUCAUUGCUUACUUUGAGCAGGUGCUUAGCACGAGUCCUUGUAAUCCGGUACUCGAUUGUCGGUUUCCGUUUAUUAGUCUUGGGAAUGCAGGUAUGCACUUUUCGUCUGGGAUGCACAAUUUACUUCCCUUUCAGGGGGCGAAUGGGGUGCGGGUGAUUCCGAGUGAGGAGGAGUGGUUUGAUGUGAAAGAUGUUGAGGGAUAUCAGGUUGAUAAGGGCAUUCAACUCGUUGGUUGUUAUGAUCCCGCUUCAUAUACUAGCAAGUCUAGUCUGGUUCUGUCUGGACAAGUACUUCCCAGUAACAUGGUCGCAGUUCUCGAUGAGGCGGCCCUUAUCAACGGACUAAGCCGGCUCUGUAUAUGUCUGGGGUGCGUUGCUGGAUUUCGCCGCCGCGAUAUAGAAAGCUUUAUAUGGCAGAAUGUACGGUGGACUUUUAAUUGAUAUCACCUUGG